CUCUGGUCGCUGCUCGCUACGACAAAAAACUUGCCUAAGGACCUGGUGGAGCUUACUAACGACAUAUACGAGCCGCCGCAGAAGUCCCAUUCAUCACGACUACCGGAACCGGAGCUAGCGCACACAUCCGUCCAUCAUCAUGUCCGACGACGAAGUUGAUCAUGAGCUGCUAGACCUCAUGCGGAAGCACUGGGGUGGUGGUGCCAAAGAGGAAGGUCCGCCAGAAACAAAAGUCCUCGAAAAUGCCCAGUUCAUCUGCGAUAACAGUAUGGACGUUGCCUUGGACAUGCGUUCCACCAAGGUCGCUGCUCAACUUGUUCUUGACGAGAUGGAGAAGCGGGAGUAUUCCACCAGAACCUGGUCAGAGCAUGAGCUGCAUCCCAAAGCAAAAGACGAGAGCACUGUCAACUUCAUCUUCACAAUGGAUCUUCUGAAUUUUAGCUUCUGGAGCGAGAAGAGUGACGAGGAGCGCUUCGCAGUAGUCUACAAGGGAAAGAGAUGGACUGGCUACUGGAGUCUGGUUGCAAUCUUACAACGAGCGUUAGAGCAAGACAUACCAAUCACUAGUCCGGAAUUCUGGGUCGACGAAGAACUGUGUUCAGAUGAAGUACUGCGAACCGUAUUCUCUUCUGGUACCGACGAGGAGAUUCCCAUGUUCGAGCAAAGGAUGCGAUGUUUAAGAGAAGCAGGGCAAAUCCUAGAGGAGGAAUUUGAUGGUAGUGUCAUCACACUUAUUGAAGAUGCGAACAACUCCGCUGCCGGCCUUGUGAAUCUCAUUGCCGAAAAGUUCAACUGUUUCAGAGAUGAAGGUAGGUUCGAGAAUAAGAAGGUGCGCUUCUUGAAGCGAGCCCAAAUCUUCGUUGCAGACCUGUGGGCUGCGUUCGAUGGCGAGGGAUAUGGCGAGUUCAACGACAUUGACAAAAUCACCAUGUUCGCAGAUUACCGCAUUCCUCAAAUGCUACACUCACUAGGCAUAAUCUGGUACUGCCCGCCUCUCGAGAACAAGGUACGCCGCCUUGAGACCAUCGAGUCUGGCCACUCCUGGGAGAUGCAGAUACGAGGCUGUAGUAUCUGGGCUGUAGAACUUCUCCGCAAGGAGAUUCUGAGGCUGAAACCGGACGCCAAGGUCAACGCUAUUCUCAUCGACUUCUUCCUGUAUGAUCUUGCGAAGGAGAAGGAGAAAGAGGAGGCGGAUGUCAUACCACACCAUCGGACAAGAAGCAUAUGGUAUUGAGAGCCAAGAGUAGCGGUGCACAUGAAACCGAAUAACAACACCCUUGGGCGCCCUAUUAUUUUCUGGUCGGUGCGAAUCAGUAGUUGGACACUUCGCAGAGACGUCAAAGGUGGUGGGGUCGUUCCAAACAUUCGCCACUUCCAAGUUUGCGCAAUUUUCAGGGACAACGCACAUCUCAGUCGUCGCAUAACGGCACAUCACCGACCGCUGGAUUCGCUAUCAUGUCUUGUCCGCGCGACAGGCUGGGGCUGGGGCAUGCAACGCUUUCUUGGCACCGUUACGCCUUACCACUCAUCGUUAGACGCCUACGGUAAGGCUGGCCAUUCAACCCCCGUAACGGCCUUACCGUACCCUGGUCCCCAGUAUUCGUAAACAAAUUGUGAUCAUACUGGUGAUCGUUAU